AUGACCCCUUCCCUCUUAAGUAAAAAACAGAAAUCAAGUGGUAAAAAACGUGUGAGAAAUGAAAUGAAUCACAAAACAAAACUAAGGAAGUUUUUACGCAAUACAGGACAAGAGUAUAUCACAAAAAAGGGAAAAGUUAUUAAGGCGAAAGAGUUUGAUGACAAAGAUUGUGGGUGCUCAAAGAAGUGUAAUUCCAAAGUAACAAGUGAGCAAAGAUUGAAAUGUUUUGACAAGUUUUGGAAGAUGGGCAAUUUUUCAAAGCAGAAUGCCUAUCUCAGCGGUUUAGUCACAAGAGAAGCUGUCAAACAGCAUCGACCUAGAUCAAACUGUAAAAACAGAGGACCAAAAGGCGUCACAUAUCAGUAUCGGAUCAACGUGGGCCGAGUUAGCAAACAAGUGUGCAAAGUUUACUUUUUAGAUACAUUUGUUGUAUCAAAUGGAAGACUGGCCAGAGCUUUGAGGAAAGAAGAAAAUGAGCGAGAACCUGGUGAGGAUCUUCGAGGGAAAAAAACUCCUGCAAACAAAACGAGUGAAGAGAAUUUGAAUCGUGUUCGGGAACACAUUAAUAAAUUUCCACGGUACGAUUGCCAUUAUGCUCCGAGUCCAAAAGGAAAAUUUCUCAAACCAGAUCUCAACGUAAAGAAAAUGUAUGGUAUGUAUGUUGAAGAGAGUCAGUUUAACAACCAACCUUAUGUGAAGGAAAACAUCUACAGAACUGUUUUCAACGAAGAAUUCAGUCUUAGUUUUCUAUCGCCACGUAAAGAACUCUGCCCACGAGUGGAAGGCCCCAAGACACAGAACAGAACACCUCGUAAGCCAAAAUUUCCAAAAGCAUUGGCUCAUCUUGAAUCAGAAAAUAAUAUGCAGUUAAGCCCCCCACAAAAAUUUAAUUUUCCUCCUCAAUUGUUUUGCCCGACAGAAAAUGCUAAAUGCUCUUAUAAUCCUAUGGUUAAUACAGGCCUUCAGGAAAAAGAACCUGUUUAUGCACCAACUUGUCAAGCGUUAAUAACUGGUGGACCUCCAUUCUAUCAUCAGGAUCAGGCUCCACCGUCAUUUCAUAAUCAACCUCCUAGUUUUUUUAAUUUGUGA